AUGGGAAAAUGGACCUGGGAGGAGGUAUUAGAUGGAGCAGGACCCUGGACGCAGCUGGGAGAGUAUCGCCGUCCUAAGGAGGAGUUAGAGGCAGCGAAAGUGGUAAGGCGAUACUACGAGGAGAAAUACAGGAGAAUAGAGGAACAAGCCCAGUACGCCCUGUUCCUCCUCCCCGCACUCGCCCAGAGGUGCGUGUCCUCAGCCCGGUACAACCAGUUCCGGCACCAUGCCCCAGUCUAUGCCUGGAAGGGGAUGACCGACGAGGAGUACGUGUGGUGCAUUGAGCAGACCGUCUACUGGAAGGACGGCCAGCCCCUCAACAUGAUCCUGGAUGACAGCGGCGACCUCACCCACAAGAAGUACCCCAUACUGCUGUCAGGUGGCGGCAUUACUCCAGAGUCAAUACUGAGAACUGCGGAUGAACUUAAGGUGCUUGGUAAGCAACAUGCAGCAGGAACUCUUAACUUUAAACACAGUCCCUUGGUGUCUGAGGGGACCACCACAGUGGUGCACAACCUGUACAAGAUGAUGAAGAACAGCGAGCUCAAGGUCCCGGUCAAUGACUCAGUCACCAAGAGCAAGUUCGACAAACUGUAUGGCUGCAGAGAGUCUUUGAUUGACGGGAUCAAGCGGGCCACCGACGUGAUGAUUGAUGGAAAGGUGGCGGUUGUUGCUGGCUACGGUGACGUUGUCUAGGGCUGCAUCCAGGUCCUCCGUGGGUUCGGUGCCCGUGUCUUCGUCACAGAGGUGGACCCCAUCAAUGCCCUGCAGGCUGCCGUGGAGGGAUAUGAAGUCACCACCAUGGAGGAGGCUUGCAAGGAGGGGAACAUCUUUGUGACCACCACUGGCUGUGAGGACAUCCUUUUGGGCAAACACUUUGAGCAAAUGAAAGACGACUCCAUCGUUUGCAACAUCGGCCACUUCGACUGUGAGAUUGACCUGAACUGGCUCAACGCCAACUCCGCCGAGAAGAUCAACAUCAAGCCGCAGGUGGACCGCUACCGCAUGAAGAGCGGUCGCUACAUCAUUGUCCUGGCCGAGGGCAGACUGGUCAACCUGGGCUGCGCCAUCCCCGGUUUCGUCAUGAGCAACUCUUUCACUAACCAAGUGUUGGACCAGAUUGAGCUGUGGAAGAACACUACCAAGUACUCCCUGGGAGUCCACUUCUUGCCAAAAAGCUGGAUGAGGAGGUGGCUACCGCCCAUCUCGACAAGCUCGGCGUCAAGCUGACUAAGCUGUCAGAUAAGCAGCCAAAUGCCUGGACUUAACUGCGAAGGACCCUUCAAGCCCGACCACUACCACUAUUGAAAAGUUUGUCAGAUAGGUGGCCAAGCAGCGGCCCAGAGUCAUGGUGCAGUCUGGGUAGGGGUAGAUUCCCAGGAGUCUUCUGGUGGCUAGGACAUUUUUGCUAAUGCCCUGCUUCAACUUGCAUUCAACUUUUCUUGCCCACUGUAUGCACUUGCCUUUAGAUUCUAACCAGAGCUCCAUUGCCUUUCAAGUAACAAGUGCUAAAUGGCUUCUAAAAGCCCCAAUCUUGUUAUAGAUUGCAUUCCCUCUUUAAAAGCCUGGUUUUAUUUUUAGUUGAAAGCCCCAAUCCCUGUACUAUUCAGGUUUACAAUGUAGUGGCUAAUAUGGCAAUAAGUGCUGAUUUCAUAUUGUCUUAAGGAAAAUCCACCAAAGUACCACCAAAGCAGUUCUUGCCUGGCUUCAAGUAUACUUACUCAGUUCUAGAACAUCUAUAGUGACUUCCCUAUUCUGUUUUUAUUUAGCUUUAUCUUGCCAGUGUUGUGAGCUGUGAGAGAAUGGGGUGUGGUCAGGUCAACUAUACUGCCAUGUUUUGCGGUUACAUCAUGAAUAUCUCAAGUGUUGCAUUUCAUACAGGAGUUGUACUAUUGUGAAAUGUGAUGCAAUAACGAUCACAUUUUACUGGGUUGUAAUUCUCUUUUAUUUACUUUUGUUGGAUUACUGUUGAAAUAAUGCAAUUCUGGCAGCAAUGCAGAGGGCAACUCCACGCAACCUGCCGGACCCCUCAAUUGAAAAUGACAGAUUCUGCCAGGACACUUCAUUACUGCAAUUUGUCUGCCUUUUGCUUAAGUCUAUUCCAAACAGGUGAAAAUUGCCAUGUUUGAACCAAACUGGAAUUAUGCAAAGCUGUUCGUUGGGGGAUUGCGUGGAUGAACGCUAUUAAUUCAAAUGUACACUGCAAUCUCCCAUCAACUUACAGAUUUUGCUUUUGAUUCAAUGCUACUUGGCUCCGGAGGAUCCAUCAGCUAAUUGAAUAAUGGCGUUUUUUUUCUCCGUUAUUGGCACCAACUCAGUGGCCUGGUUAGUGUCCGCCCUGAGAUUGGAAGGUUGUGAGUUUAAUCCCUCGCCGAGUCAUACCAAAGACUGUAUAAAUGGGACCGGAUGCUUCUCUGCUUGGAACUCACCAUUAAGAAUAUAGAUUGGAAGGCCCUGCAAUAGACUAACGUCCUGUCGAGGAGGUGUAUUUCUGCAUCAAGCUGCCUCGUGCUACAGAAAUAUGAACCGUUCCGGAUCGCGCAGGGCUUGCUUACCUUUGCUUACCACCUAAAGGUGGUUUAUUAAAUGUUUCAUUACUUUGUCAAUCAACUUGUUCGCAAUAUAAAUUAUCAAUAUGGACCUUUUUAAUUUACUUUUUUUUAUUUAUUUUUUUUACUUUGAGGUCAUUUUGACCCCAGCUAAAAUAACUUAUUUUUUGUGCAUAUAAAAAUCAGCCCCUGGUAUAAAUACUGCAACACAGAACUCUGAUACUCAAUCUACACCCACAGCUGUAUUGGUGCGUAUUCUCUAAAAGGUAGUCGUUCUUGUAAAAAUCUAAACCCAGGUUUCUCUAGAGACAUUAAGUUAUCCAUGCCACCAGAGGGUGAAGGGGGACCUUUAUACAGUUCACCUGCAGAUAUGGAACACCUUAUGUACACACCUAUGGUAAUAACUAGGUAAGACUGUGAACAAAAUCGAUAUUACCUUACAUACAGUGUACAAAACAUUAAGAACACCAGCUCUUUCCAUGAGACUGACCAGGUCAGCUACAGGUUAAUAUUGGUUCAUUAUUUGGCAGGCACUGAACAGACAAAUGUGACAACUAGCUAGAUGGUUACAGUAGUUGCCUUAGUAACCAAACAAAUAGACUUACUAGUUAAGCUAAGCAAACCAUCAUCCAACUUUACUAUUAUGAAAAUCUAAUUCAACAAUGAAGUUAAGGUUUCCAAUUUGACUUUUGCUUUCAAAAGAAGUUCAAAUAGAACAUGUAAGAACUUAGCCAUUGAAUUACAUCAUGCAAUAGGGAAAUAAUGCACACUCUAGAAUGCCCUUCAAGACAGUCAGAAAUUAGUAUUCAACAAUGCCAUGGUGUAAUCAAAGAUGAUCUAUCUGUGGUAAAAUGGUUUUAAAUAUGCAUUGAUAAAUGAUUAAAUACACAUUUACCUCAACCUUUAUAAUGGGUACCUUUAAUAUAAAGUGUUACAGGUUGUUUAUUUGAGCAUUUUAAACAUCUAUCAAAAGACCACGUACAUACGAAAAAAGAUUGCAGUCAGAGUGCAGUAUAACUGCAGUAUUCUGCAAUUACUGCGUCCAAAAUACUGCAGUUACUGCACUUUCAAAACUGAAAUCUUUUUUUGUAAGGUUGGGAAUGCAAGGGGUAACUUUAGGGAUAACCAAAGUACCCUGUGGGCCAUUAGACAUACUGAACCGUUGAAAUUGCUGCCAAAGUGUUUUCCUGGGGCACGAAACUGCUCAAUCAACCUUUUUCUAAGAUUCUUUUCUUUUGCCUGUGAAUGGGAAACAGCUGCUGCCUGUGGUACCCAAAGUGUCACUCCCUCCCGUUGAUGUGUUUUGGCUCCUCACUUUUAUGACUUGUACUGGCUGGGCCUGGUCAAUGUUUACAGCCCAGCUCAUUACACUGCUCUGAGCAGCUCAGUCCUCUAUCAUGAGAGCCACUGGUCUGACUUUGAUCUACGCAAUGCUGUUUUACCGCAAGGUUUUGUCAUUGAAAGUGUCUGAGUCUCCACAGCAAUGUUCUAGAAUAUUGGACAAUUGGCUUUCAUACUUUCUUAGUUCUCUGGGAGGCAAACUCAGCAAAAAAAGAAACGUCCUCUCACUGUCAACUGCGUUUAUUUUCAGCAAACUUAACAUGUGUA